AUGGCGUCACUAGGUCACCUGCGCCGCGCGCUUAUCUUUUCCGCCGCUUUCACGCUUCUCCUCCCCCCCACCGCCGCAACCACUCAAUCGUACGCCAUUGCCCGGGACAAGAACCUACGCGGAGGAGCUGUUGAGCAUAGCAGCACACCAGACUCCCCAGACGGAUACGGACCUGCAUCAUCCGAUUCAGACGAUAGCUACAGCUCAGGGUCGCCUGGUGCGGAAAACGCGGAGGUGAAGGCGGCGAAGAGAGUUUCUGCAGCGGAUGCGGAGGCGGCGGAGGCACUAGCGGCGUACGAGGAGGCGAAGCGCGCCCUCGCGUCGCAGAAGAUUGAGCAGGAGGAGAUGCGCAUCCGGGCGCUCGAGGCGCGGCAGACACAGCGCGACGCGGCGCGCGAGCAGGCGGAGCUGGACGCGGCAGUCACGGCGGCCGAAGUGGAGCUUCAAUCCGCGGAAAAAUCGCUCAAUGACGCGCGGCAGGAGCGCGGCGCAAACGCUUCGGCAGGCGCCGCCAGCGCAGUUGACAGAGCGGCGCUGCGGAAGGAUCAGGUUGCGCGGAAGCUUUCCGCUGCGCGCGCCGAGGCUCGCGGGAACCGACCGUACCUGCAGGAGAUGGAGGCGAACGUGCGGGAUUUCGAGGGCGCGUUCGUGAUGGCGGCGCGGGAGGCCGGAAUGGCGGCAGUGCGGGUGAAGGCGCUCCGGGCGGAGAUGGUUGAGAAAAUGGAGAGGGCGGCGGAUGCGCAAUCAGCGUGGCAAUCGAUGGUGCAAGAAGAAGAUCGCCACAGUGGGUCGAUGAUACCGAGUUCUGCUAUUAGCGAGGUCACAGAGUCUUCUCCUGCCACCGACCGAGCUGGCUCAACUCAAGCCGCGACAAAAUCGAUAACGACAAUCCCGCACCACGUCAUCACCAGUUUCAAGUUACCUGGAGGAAAUGCCGACGCCGUAACCUUGCUACGCCCCUUAAAAGCAGCGGCGGUUAAGGCAAAGCAGCUCGCGUACGUGGCGCGCCGCGACCUGGAGGCCAUGGAGCGGAACCUGCGAGACGCGGAUCGCAAGGUAGACGGGGUGCACGAGAAGAUUCAACUCGCCAAGAAGCGCGCCGAACUCUUCGCGGCGCGAGCCCGCGAGCAGCAAGCGGUCGCGGAGGAAAUGGCGGCGGCUGCCGCUGCGGCGACGAAACGCGCGUUUGAAAAUCCAAGCCCCGACGCUGUAACCGCGUUCGAGGUUGCGGUUGCGGCAAAAAAAGUGAGUCUGCACAUAGCGGGGACAACGGCGAAGAAAGCGGAGAGGAUCGCCAAGAAGGCUGAGAUGCGCGCGGAGGCUUUGAGGCUCACGAUAGCCUAUCACAACAAUCUGAAACCUUUGGUUGACAAACACGUGGCAUCGGUUCGGAAAGCCGAAGCUCAGGCUGACGAGGCAGCGGCAGAAUUCGUUAACGUGUGGAGGAGAAUCAGAUCGCGGAUUACAAUCGCGGAUUUGACAACACUUUUGUUGACCAACUCAGACGUAGUUCCGGAGUCACCGAGCCUGGCGGAUAAUUCGACAGCUUCGGGAAUUGCAGGAGGUCCCACUGCCGCCGUCGCAGUUGCGCUGCAGCGUAUUUCCGCGUCGGAAGCGGAAGAAUUCGUCACAAGGGCGUUGCAAAAGGAAGCUGUUGCCGUUUCCGAGGCUGCGAAGGUUGCAGCUGAAGAGGCUCGGAUUCGAGCCUUCGAGGCUAAGAAAGAGGCUCGGGAGAAGAGGCAGGAGCAGGAGAAUGUCGAGGGAGAGGCGGAAGAAGCGGAGUUUCAGGCGAGAGAGGCGGAGAAAGACGUGCGUCAAGCUAAGGAGCGAGCAGCGCAGAUUGCGGAGCUGUUAGUGGAGCAGCGGAAAGUUGCGGAAGAAGUGGCGGCGGAGCGGGAGGUUGCGCGCAAGCGCGCGUACGUGGAGGGGUCCGAGGAAGCGCACCAGGCAAUGGAUCUCGCGACUGCAGUCAGCGAAGAAGGCGCACGGGUGCUUGCGGAAAUUAUUCGAAAAACGCGACGGGCAGCUGAGAAGGUUUCGUUGAGGGAGGAUCAUUGGCGGCAGGCCGUGUCCUAUCGGAAAGAAACGAUGCAAUUGGCAGAGAAUAACAAAGCCGUGCUAGAGGGGUUGGAAAGGAGAGCUGCACAAGCAGAGCGGGAGUUUAGUACGGCAAAGGAGGCGGCUAAAAACGCGGAUGAAUUGGUCAAGAAGCUCAAGCUGCUGUUGUUGAAUAGGCACGAAGAGUCCAAAAUGCUCCGGCAGCAUCGGUGGAAAUCAUCCCAAGCGUCGAAAUCGUAG